CCGGAGCCUGUGUCCCCGGGACAUGACGCCGCGCCCGCCCCGCGCCCCGCCGCGCCCUCUGCCCGCCCGGGUCUGACGGAGCCGGGCCGCCAUGAGCGCCAACCCCCAGUGGGACAUCAGCAGGGCGCUGGGGGUGGCCAAGCUCUUCCACCUGGUGUGUGGGGCCCGGGACGCCUGCGUGGCCCCGUUCCUGACCCUCUACCUGAGGCAGCUGGGGUUGGCCGCGCCCUGGGUGGGCAUCCUAAUGGGAACCAAGCACCUGAUCGCAGCCGUCUGGGCUCCCGUCUGUGCCUUCCUGGCCAAGAGCUACCAGAAGCGGAGGGUGCUUCUGAUCGGCUCGCUGCUCUGCUCGGUGGGAGCCAGCCUGUUGAUGGUCCUGGUGCCGCCCCUGGACAGAGACCGCUCCUGUAAUGGAAGUCACAGCGCGACCGCCACGGUCCUACCACCGGGGGUCACCCUAACUGUGAACGUCACCGCGGCCCCGUCGUCAGCCUCGAACCACCCAGCGGGGGCCCGCAGCCUCCUAGCCGAGGGGAGUCCUGGGGUCUCUGGAACCGAUGGCUUCAGAGAAGGACCUGGGGAAGGCAGCCAAGAACCUUUCAGUCAUCGGCUGGACUUCUUUGCGGGCUCCACUGAAGGAGCCAGGACCACAUCCCGAGUCCUCCAUCCUGUCACUUCCGGGAUGGAAGACACUCCCUGGGAAGGUGCUCUCAGGGUGGUCGGUACUUCCCUCCCUUUGCUUGCUGGGGGUACAGCAGUGGCAAGUCCAGCCAGCCGGUCCGCAGCCAAGAGGAACUCCUGGGCCCUUGACCUCUCCUUGGAAGGGUUGCGGUGGACUUUCAUCCUCUCCCUGGGCUUCAUGGUGUUCUGGGAGCUGCUGGCAGCCCCUCUGGAGCAGGUGGCAGACGACAGCCUUUAUGAAUACCUGGAUUUUGUGGACGCCACUGACCGCUACAGAAGCCUGUGGAUCUGGAGGCUGCUGGGCAUGUCGGCAGGCGUGUGUGGCAUCGCAGCCUUAGUGGGGCAGCUGGACUGCUUCCUGACGACAAGUGGGCCCCGGGGUGUGGUGUAUUUCUAUGGCUACUCACUGGUCAGCACCCUGGCUUUGCUGGUGAGCAUUGCGUUUCCCGUCCCCAUCUGCAGGCGGCGGGAGCCCAGCUACAAAAUGGUCAAAGCCCUGUCUCUUGUAGGCGGCGACCCCCACCUCAUCAUCCUUGGCCUCACCGUCUUCUUGAUAGGAGCCGCCACCAGCACGGUGCAGGACUUCCUGUUCUGGCACAUGAAAGACCACGGGAGCAGUGAGCUGGUCAUGGGUUUCUCGGUGGCCCUGGGCUUGCUGGGGGAAAUUCUGCUUCAUCCGUUCAGAAGUCCAUUGCUUAGGAAGCUGUCCAGGGUGGGCACGGUGGGACUGGGGUUGGGCUGCCUCGCAGGGCAGCUGCUCUAUUACUCUUUCCUCUGGAGCUGGUGGUCCGUCCUGCCUGCACAGAUCCUGAGCGCCGUCAGCCACGGGGCUCUGUGGUGGGCAGUCGGGGCCUCCACGGAGGACCUGGCCACUCCUGGAACGGAGAGACCUCUGAGCUCCAUGUUCCGAGGCCAGUUUUACGGGGUCGGGGCCAGCCUGGGCAGCUUCGUGGGGGGCUUCGUGGUGAUGCGCUUCAGCCUGCCUGUGCUCUACCAGGCCUGCUGUGUGGUCCUGUUGCUCUGGCUGGCCUUGUUCCUGUCCAUCCAGCCCAGACUGCCCCAGGAGCGGAAGGUCAACUACACCAAGCUGCUGGCCAUGGAGGCGAGUGACACGAGUGACUCUGAGCAGGGGAGCGAGCGGGACUGGCUUGUGAAGGCCAUGAAGGAUGAACACUCAGACUGGAGGGGCUGAGAGACGGUCAGGAUGCACUGAUCUGGGAAAGAGCCAAAAGGAGGGACCAGACUCAGUCCGCGGAGGGCAAAACCUACGAUUCCCACCAGGGCUGCCAGGAGCCUUGUGGGAGAGAAGCACGUCUGUGCCGCAGCCCCACGGGAUCUUCUCAUUGCAUGAUCUUCUUUACCUUUGUAGUAAAGGAGAUGUCACUCUUUGCUGUUCAAUCCUUUAUAAAUAAUGGAGCAAGAAUACAUUUGCUAAAAAAGAAAAAAGUUCCCCUUAUAGUCUCUCUGUUUUGGCAUGUGAGGUCGGCAAGGGCUUUGCGUGUGCUGUUGAUUUCAGCCACGGCUGAAGUGCUUACAUGAAACUGACUGAGCCGGGAAGGCAGUGGGACCUGCAGGACUCAGCUGGUAGACGGGGCAGCCGGCUUUGAUGAGUCAUGUACAUUCCCAUGGAUCCUAAGGCAUGAGCCCAGUCCUCUAAAAGCCAUGCUGUGGGCAGGUGAGAGGAAAGUAAAUAUUGGAUGAACAUUCACCUGUGUGCUCAGGCUUACUUAACCCAUCCUAUCCCAGCAAAAGGAAUCAAAGUCAGAGUGGCCUGGGAGAGGAGAGAAGAGUCACCAGGUACCAUUACUGCAUCCAAACGGGGGUCCACCAUCAUGGACCACCAUCGUGACCUCCACCAGUGGAAACAAGUGAUGGGCUUUACAAGUGGAGGACAGACUGCAAAGGUGUGUCUAGCAUCAAAGGGCACAGCCAACAGAGCGAAAAGGCAGUCUAUGGAAUGGGAGAGAAUAUUGCCAUAUCAUACAUCCAACAAGGGGUUAAUAUCCAGAAUAUACAAAGAACUACAACUUAACAACAAAAAAACAACAACCCAAUUUUUAAAAUAGGCCAAGGACUUGAACAGACAUUUCUCCUGAGAAGAUACACAAAUGGCCCACAAACACACGAAGAGGUGCUCCACAUCACUGAUCGUUAGGGAAAGCAAACCAGGGGCAUGGGGAGAUAUCACUUCGUGCCCAUCAGGAUGCCUGCUAACAAAAAGGAAAAGGAAAGAAAACCACAGAAACAAAGACCCCCGAAAAUAAGACGUGUUGACAAAGAUGUGGAGAAAUGGGAACCCUUGUGCACUCCUAGAGUGAACCAAAAAUACUGCCUUUUUCUGAACGUCGCGUGAAGCAGCGUGUAGCUUAGUUGCGCCUGCGCCUGCGCCUCCACAGGAUGACGAUUGCCUCACGUUUUUCUUAUCACCAAUCACCCUGCCCCUGGCUUCUCAUGCCUCAGACCACCCUGCCUCUUUAUCCCAUAAAUACCAGGAGGCUCUCACCUUCGGUCUCCGCCGUUCGCUGACUCGUGGGUAAACCCUUUCUCUGCUGCAAACCUCGGCGUCUCAGCGUUUGACUUCCUGCACUGCGGGGCAAGCAGUAACAAUAUGAGGUACCUGAAGUGAUCAAAUUCACAUAGAUGGGAAGUAAAAUGGUUUUUGCUCGGGGUGCGGGGAGAGGGAAAGCGGAGGCGGCUAUUUAAUGGGUACAGAGUUUUCGUUUUCCAAAAUGAAAGAAUUCUGGAGCUUGGAUGCAUGACAACAUGCAUGUAUGUAACACUACUGACCUGUACACUGAAAAAUGUUUAAGACAGUCAAUUUCAUGUUAUGUGUAUUUGACCACAAUGAACUUUUUUUUUUA